AUGGAUGCAUACACUCUACAUUUGUUGAAGAAACUACAAAAAGCGAAGGAUCGCAAUGAGAUAAGCGAUGAAGAGUACUAUAUUCUAGAGCAAUUAAUCUUGGGCAACAGGACCACGAAUCGCAAAGAUAAGGAAUACGCCAAAUCGACGAAUACGCAUCGCUCCUAUUUUGGGUGGACAUGGAGCUGGUCAACGGUAAUGCAAGAGUUGAGGUUACCACUCAUUUACCUUUCGAUUGUUCUGUUCGCGAUCCAGUACUUUACCAAAGAACACGAUACAAAGAAUUGGUCGUACUGCGAUGUGUUGAUGAAGAAACAAUGUCAAAACGGCGGUGUACUAGUUCAGAAUAAAGGAGUGUUCACGUGCCAAUGUCCGCGUGAUUAUUACGGGGAACUAUGUGCCGAUGAGCGAUACUUUUCAAUUAUUUCCCGGCUGAUAGGUGGUGCUUGGUUCGACGGUGCGAAUGAAGACAUGCGAAGAGGUGCGCCUAAAACGUGGUGGUGGCAGUCCCUUUUUCCGACCACUGAUCCUGCGGAACGGUACCAGAAAACCGUUAUCUCGUUCCACCAACAGCAACUGAAACGGAUGACGGACGACUGGGUUUCAACGGACGGCACCGAGAACGACAUCCUAGUCUUGUUGACGAACUCCAGCAGGAUAUUACUGCCCGACCGUCCGAUAUACUGUCCCGUUAACGAGAACUUGCCACCGUUGAACACGUUGUACGACCAAGUGUUCAAGCGGGAAAAGGACGGCGGUUUGACGCAGGACCCGAAACGGCGGAAUCUGCUGUACCGCACGUUUUACCGGUACUUCGUCAUGCAGUUUUUCGGAAAAGAUUACGAUUCGACGGUGACGGGCUCUCAGCUGUACGGGACCGACGGGUACGCGGAGAAAAGGCUCAGGUCGAUGGCCGGCGGCAAGCUGAAGACCGAGUACUCGGGCGGUGAACAGUAUCCGUCGCGGUUGUCUUUCGCGGAGAAGAUCCGGAAGGUGUUCACCCGGACGCCGGUAUCCGACCAACAGCACUGGUUCAACCAAGCGGUGACCGUUGGCCAACCACCGCGGUCGGUGUUCGCGGACGUUUACGGGGCCCUGCGCACCCAGUGGGCAGUGGCCAACCCGCUGUUGGGCGAGGACUCGCUGCUGUUCGCCAUGACCACAUUAUGGAUGCGUGAGCACAACCGCGUGUGCGACCUACUGACGAACCGUUGGCCCGAGUGGACGGACGAUCAGCUGUACGCGGUCGCCAGGAGGACGGUGGUCGCGCAGAUGAUGGCCAUCAUGAUGAACGAGGUGUUGCCCGCGGCCAAUCCGUUCACGUUGAAAUACGACCCAGAGUCGUACCGCGACGUGCUCCUAAACACCAGCACCACUGCUAAAACGCCGCUGGAGUUGUUGUUGACGACGAUCUUACCGUCCGGUCUACCCGACGGUUUAGACGACACUAAGCAAAUAUUAGCGAGUGGUAUGACUGAAACGGUUAGAUUCAUGGUCGAUCAAAAAAUGGGAUCGUUGACUAGCAACAAUGACGGCGAUGCGACGAUGCCGCUAACAAAAUUACUGAUCAAAUUAUCCCGGGAAAAUAGGAUAAAAGGUUUUAACGAUUAUCGAAGACAUUUCGGAUUAAGACCCUACAAAAGCUUCUACGAGCUGACCGAAAACCACGAAACGGCCAAUAAGUUGGUAUCGUUGUACGGAGAUAUCGAUAACGUAGAGCUGUUGACUGGAAUGUUGACAGAAAAAAAAAGUGACAAUGUAGUUCCCACGUUUACGGUCAUGAUCAAUAGUUUUAUAGUUAAUUCGAUCAUCACAAAUCCUCUGGGUAGUAAAGACUUAUGGAAUGCAGAUACGUUCGGAGGGGAACACGGUUUUGACUUAGUAAAAUCAGCCAACAUUAAAACAUUUAUUUGUAAAAAUCUGAUCGAUAAAUGCGACAGUAAUUUUACUGUCGAUAUUUAUGCAAACUAG